GACAAUGACAUUGUUCUACUGUUCUGCCUAUAAAGCCAGAGGCUCCCAGCCCCGAUCAUUAGUGCUGUGUCCCAGCAGACAAGGAGCUGUGUGGCUGUGUGAUCCUCCUAUAGCUGAUCCUGCUGCUCCCUCCAACAUUCAGGUCGUUCCUACCUUCCUGAUGGAUUCAGACGCCAGCCUGGGCUCCAGCCGAGCCUCGUCCCCAGAAGUCGAUGAUAUUUUCCUGCACUCUCGGAAAGGAGGCGGCUUCUCCGCGGCCGUGUCCUCUUCUACCAUGAGCGACUCCCCCGCGGAGCUGAGCGCGGAGCUGCGCAACGCGAUGGCCAUGGCAGCUGCCGCCGGAGAUAAAUUGGGCGCCUUCAAGGCGGCGGCGGCUGCAGCUGCCGCAGCGGCGGCCAAGAAGGAUAAGAAGCAGAUGAGUGAGCCCGAGCUGCAGCAACUAAGGCUGAAGAUUAAUAGUCGGGAACGCAAGAGGAUGCACGAUCUGAACAUCGCCAUGGACGGGCUGCGGGAGGUUAUGCCCUAUGCACAUGGACCCUCAGUACGUAAACUUUCCAAGAUCGCCACCCUGCUGCUUGCUCGUAACUACAUCCUCAUGCUGACCAAUUCCUUAGAGGAGAUGAAGCGUCUUGUCAGUGAGAUCUAUGGGGGGCACCACCACCAUGCGGCAGCCGCAGCCGCAGCGGCAGCAGCCUACCACCCCUCAGCCUGUGGGGCAAUGACCCAUGGAUCCCCUCUCUCUGGACACCCAGUUGGGCACCCUGUGCACCAUCCCUUACUCCCAUCCACAGCUGCCACCCUGACCACUGGCAUCUCUGCAGUCAGGGCACCACCACCCCCUCCUCCACCUCCCCCUGCUCCUCCAGCUUCACAUCCAGCCUCACAUGGUCUCCUGAAGUCCCCCAGCCCUGGUUCUGCACCGCUUGGUGGGGCAUUUCCACACUGGAGUGGCAUGCCAUGCCCCUGCAGUAUGUGCCAGGUACCCUCUGCAGCCCAUCAUCAUCAUCAUCAUCAUGUCAGCGGGGCCAGCUUAUCCAGGCUGAGUGCAGACACCAAAUGACUCUCACCAACUUGGCCCCACACAAGGGCAGAUCAUGAGAGGAGACUGUUCUAGGGGAGAUCUGGAGAUCAGUCACAAGUAGUAUCAAGAGACCUUCUCAGAGGGGAAGACCCCAUCCUAUCCCAAACACAAGUCCCAUCUGCUCUGUGACCCCUGAAAUAAAGAACAGAGACUCGGAAUCCUUGAACUGAUGGUAUAAAGUGGGCAAAUGGGCAAAGAUCAUAACAACUGGCACAUUCUGCCCACAGAGCAGACCCAAGCGGUUUACAAGCGUUUUAUAGAUCAAAUGUGAAAUAGAGAAAAGACUACUUCAGUGUAUUUGCCUAAAGCAGUGUUUCACAACCAGGGUGCCUCCAGCUGUUGCAAAACUACAACAGUUGUAGUUUUGCAACAGCUGGAGGCACACUGGAUGGGAAACAUUGGCCUAGAGCCCUGACAGAGUGCAUAACAAUCUAUUGCAAACCUAUUUGUAUUGAUAAAAAAACAUCUAUUUAUCUAUCAGUCUUUCCCAUAUCUAUCUAUCUAUCUAUCUCUAUCUUCCUAUUUAUUUCUCUAUCUAUUCUUCCAUCUCCUAUCUAUCUAUCUAUCUAUCUAU